AUGGCAGGGGCUCUGCUCGGCUCUCUGCUCCUCUUGCAGCUGCUCGGCAGAGGUGAAGGGAAGAACGAGGAGCUGCGUCUUUACCACCACCUCUUCCACAACUAUGACCCAGGACGCCGGCCAGUGCAGAAGCCUGAGGACACUGUCACCAUCACCCUCAAAGUCACCCUGACCAACCUCAUCUCACUGAAUGAGAAAGAGGAGACCCUCACCACCAGCGUCUGGAUUGGAAUUGACUGGCAUGAUUACCGACUCAACUACAGCAAGGGCGAUUUUGGGGGCAUAGAAACCCUGCGGGUCCCUUCAGAACUCGUAUGGCUGCCAGAGAUUGUGCUGGAAAACAAUAUCGACGGCCAGUUCGGUGUGGCCUAUGAAGCCAACGUGCUGGUCUCGGAGGGCGGCUACGUGAGCUGGCUGCCCCCAGCCAUCUACCGCAGUAUCUGCGCCGUGGAGGUCACCUACUUCCCUUUCGACUGGCAGAACUGCUCACUUGUUUUCCGCUCGCAGACGUACAAUGCAGAAGAGGUGGAGCUCGUCUUUGCUGUGGACGACGAUGGCGACACCAUCAGCAACAUAGAUAUCGACACUGAGGCCUAUACUGAGAACGGUGAGUGGGCCAUCGACUUCUGCCCAGGGGUGAUCCGCCGCCACGACGGUGGCUCUAAUGAUGGUCCAGGGGUCACUGAAGUCAUGUACACGCUCAUCAUUCGCCGGAAGCCGCUCUUCUACGUUAUUAACAUCAUCGUGCCUUGCGUGCUCAUCUCGGGCCUAGUGCUGCUCGCCUAUUUCCUGCCGGCACAGGCUGGCGGCCAGAAAUGCACCGUCUCCAUCAACGUCCUGCUCGCCCAGACCGUCUUCUUGUUCCUAAUUGCCCAGAAAAUCCCGGAGACAUCUCUGAGCGUGCCGCUGCUGGGCAGGUACCUCAUUUUCGUCAUGGUGGUUGCCACGCUCAUUGUCAUGAAUUGCGUCAUCGUGCUCAACGUGUCUUGUCGGACGCCCACCACUCACGCCACGUCCCCGCGGCUGCGCCACGUCUUACUGGAGCUGCUGCCCCAACUCCUUGGCUCGGGCGCACCCCUCGAGGUACCCCGGGCCGCCUCGCCCCCAAGGCGGGCAUCGUCCUUGGGCCUACUGCUCCGCGCGGAGGAGCUGAUACUGAAAAAGCCGCGGAGCGAGCUAAUGUUUGAGGGGCAGAGGCACCGGCACGGGACCUGGACUGCUACCCUCUGCCAGAGCCUGGGCGCCGCCGCCCCCGAGAUCCGCUGCUGUGUGGAUGCCGUGAACUUCGUGGCCGAGAGCACAAGAGACCAGGAGGCCACCGGCGAGGAGGUGUCCGACUGGGUGCGCAUGGGGAAGGCUCUUGACAACAUCUGCUUCUGGGCCGCUCUGGUGCUCUUCCUUGUCGGCUCCAGCCUCAUCUUCCUCGGGGCCUACUUCAACCAGGUGCCUGACCUGCCCUACCCGCCCUGUAGGUAGGCCUAAGCCUGCGGCCACGGUGACAAACGUUCCCACCCACCUCCAGGAGGAAAUCUGGAAAACAAG